CGUCCCCUCUUCCUCGCGCCUUAUCCAUCCAUACAUCCAUACAUUCAUUCUUCCCUCUGUCCUUCCAUCCUCCUGUAUCACCCCCUGGACCAGCCCCUCCCUCCUCCGCAUCCCUCCGCCGCUGCUCGGCUGGCCUGAGAGUCAAGAUCAGCGCUCCAUCGGGCGGAGCUCAAAUCACAAGAACCGAGGACAUGGGAGUGUGAAAAACGGGGAAAAAAAUCCGGAUGAGACAUAAGGAGCACAGCCUCCGAGUUCUUGGAAUCAAGCUGAAAACAGGAGGCCGACAACAGACGAACCUUCGGGCCUAGCAAGAGGUUGUCUGACUCCAUGUCUGCCCCUGCUCCAGCCAGUCGGAGGACGACCUCAGGCUCUCGCCGAUUCAACCCUCUGAAGGCGCUGCAGCCCAAACGCCGCUUGCAGCAAAUACUGGCGUCCUCACCCGUGCCGGCGGCUUCCAAGCCGGCAUCGGGAUCGGGGACGAGUGCAGCCGCGGCCACUGCGGCGGUGGCCAUUCCGGUGCCUGCGCCCCCUGCGUUUGACUACUGCAGGUUCAUAGAGCUAGAUUAUGUCCCCAUGGAGUCGGGCUACAUGGUCUCAAUGCGCCCCACUAAAGGCUACGCAUCAACCAAGUCGCCCACUAAAGGAUACACCUCCACAAAGUCUCCGGAUCGCCGCUCGACAAACUCUCCCUCCACACCACGUUCCCGGCGGCCUCCAGCUGCACCCAGUAAUAGAGAUCCCCAUGGCAAUGCCUCCGUCAGCAGUGGCAGCAACUCAGGCUCGUGUAAAGGCAGUGACUGCAGCCCCACCAAAGGACGUCAGAAGUACACAUCAUGUACGGACAACCAUGGUAUUCGCCCUCCUCCCCCAGAGCAAUACCUCACACCUCUCCAGCAGAAGGAAGUGUGUAUCCGACACCUGCGAGCAAAGCUCAAAGAGACCAUUAACACCCUGCAAGACAGGGACACAGAGAUUGAUGCUCUGCGAUCUAAGCUUUACCGAAUGCAGGAAGACUGGGUCGAGGAGGAGUGUCACCGCGUGGAGGCUCAGUUAGCCCUGAAAGAGGCUCGUCAGGAAAUUCAGCAGCUCAAACAUGCAGUGGACACAGUUCGUACCCGACUUAGUGAUGCCGGUGGGCUCAGUGGAGACGCAGGGGUUCAAAAGUACUUCCAGGACAUCAAUACUCAGAAUCACAAAUUGGAGAACCUUUUGUUUAACAUGGAGAUAGCACAAGCCGGACUAGCCAAGGAAGGAGAAGCCAUACCAGGCUGCAGGACCCGUGCUGGGGGCUCAGCUCCGGCAUCUGUUUCUGGAGAAAGCCCUGGAGUUGUACCUAAGUUGCCAGUGGGAGGAAGGGGGUCUUGUUCUUGCGAUGGCUCUCCAGCCCGUUCUCUGACUCGGAGCUCCACCUACACCAAGCUUAGCGACCAGGCACUGGGAGACCGCAAUUGCAAUGACACAGACUUUCCUUGCCUGUCAGCUGAUGGCACACAGGACAGUGGGUUUGUGUGCUGCGGAGAGAACACUGUCCCCAGCCGGGCAGACCUCCUCCUGGAAGCCGCCUACCUCUCAGAGGAAACGGCAUCUUUGUUGAACUCUUACACGCAGGCCUUCUCCCACACUUUGCCUCAUUCUGCCCCCCUCUCUCUGCCUCACACUUACUCCCAUACCUUACCUCAUUCUUUCCCUCACAACAUGUCCCACUCCAUGCCACACACGAUGCCUCACUCCUCCACCUAUGAGAAACUCUGCACAGGCGAGCGGCUGGCUCCAUUUCGUUGCAGUUUGGGUGGAGUGAGCUGCAUGAGCCACCCCUGCCUGUCCCACCACCACCUGUACCUGCACCCCCUGAGGGAGGCAGGCAUUCAGACUGAGAGCUGCCCCAUCCCUGCAACGGCGGGGUAUCCCUCUGAUCUGGAUACUAUUGCAGAGCAACGUACGUUUCGCUCUCAGGCCUGCAGCCCCACCUCCACCUGGAUGUCUGAUGAGGGGGAAGAGGAUCUGGACUCCAUCACCACCACCACUUCAGUGACCACAGCGACCGUGAUGAGCACAGCCACUGAGCCAAUUCCAGUUUCCAAAACACCACUGGCUCCACCUCUUCCACGAUCCGCUACUGUGGCAUUUUCCAUGGAGAGUCCUUCAUAUCAGGCAAAUGACAAAGUUGAGGAAGAGGAAAAGCAAGAAAAAGAGAACAGAGAGAAGGCAGGAGAAAAGUUGGAAAACACAGAGGUCAGACAAUCUGGAGAGGAGGAGCAGACAGAGCAAAGCUCAGUGGAAGGAAUUGAAAUACUGGAUGAAGAGGCAGAACAAAGAAAAGUCUGUGAUUUAGCAGGAAGAAUGCAGGGUGAACUUCAUUUUGUAGGGUGCUGUGGAGAAAACAAGCAAGAUGACCAGAGAGUGGAGGACAAGCAACAAGAGGCCGGGAUUGGAGAAAUAUCAACAGAAGAAAAGAGCCCUGUGAUUACUCCAGAGUCUGCAGGCGUACAAGAGCCUCAAACAUCCCAACCUCUGAGGAGAUCCAUCUCCCAUGAAGAGAUAGCUGGUGUCACAGUGGUGGAAGUUCACGACGAGGAUGAUGAUAAAGAUAAGACUAAUGAACAAGAGGCCACAGGGAUUGUUGUAGCAGAGGACGAAGACUCUGGGAAAAUCCAAAAAAGCUACUGGAGUCGUCACUUCCUGAUUGAUCUGCUCGCGGUGGCCAUCCCUGUGGUGCCAACGGUAGCGUGGCUGUGUCGUGGCCCGGUCCGUGGCGGCCAGCCUAUGUAUCACAUCGGUUCUCUGCUGAGAGGCUGCUGCACUGUUGCACUGCACUCGCUGCGCAGGGGCGGUGGCCUGAGACAUUACCCCGCAGGCGGGGGAGAUCUUGGCGGCACACAAAUAUAGCAGAAUGACAUCUUUCUGCUCCUUUACUGUGGUGUCACUUCUCCUGUAUGGUCUGUAGCGUUAGACCAUCGCUUAAAGUGCAAGAGCAAGAACAUCUUGUUCUUCUGCGUUGGAUGGUAAUAAAGAAGUGGCAACAAAGAGGAAGAUCUUUGACUGGUCAACUCAACUCUGACCCUACAACAUAUUGUAAAAGCAAGAAGGAUAAUUACUUUUUCUUGCUUGGUCUUUGCUGUCGUUACCAAAAUAUCCAUGUACUGGCUUGUGCUAGCUGAAUGAACUGCUUGAAAUGAAUGAUCAAUGCUUUGGUGUUGAUUGUUUAAUUUAUUUUUGAAUGUAGAGAAAAAUGUCCCUUGCCAUGUCGCCUGUCAGUUAUGAUGUAAUACGACGAUCACAUGUUGGUGAAUGUGUACAUAAAUACUUUAUAUGUAUGUAUAGGCGUGUAUAUGUUAAAUUAAAUUAGAACAAACUAAGGCAAUGGUUGUUGGCCAGUGGUAGUGGGAGAAAAAUCCACUUUAAUCCAAAGCUGCAGACACUUUUCCCUGAUAACUUCAAGAGGUAAUAGAUUGAAUUUGUCUGCUGUGGAGAAAAACAUGGUAGACACAGAACUCAGGUAUCUGCUAGGGGUAGAAACGCAACCGAUCCUGUCAGCCUCCUCGCACAGAAGUGUGCUAAAUGAACUUCAGUCAAAAGCAAUUUAUUCUUACUGGCUCCCUCUCUUUAAACUGGCAGUGGAGAUAUUUUCAAUGAGUAUGUUGUCUUUGAUAUACAAGCUAUCUGUACCUAGACUUAAUGGAGAGGCCUGGUUAUUACAGUUCAGAUGGUUAUAAACAGUCUCUUUAGUGUCCACUGAAAACAUAAGAGGUUUAAAUUGGGUAGAGCAGGAAGAAAACGCUUCACCUUUCCUGGACUUCCUGACACAAGUCCAGAUGAAGAUCAAGGGUUGUUCAGAUUUAAAUGAAAGUUAAUGGUUCCCUCUACUGGCCAGAAGCAGAAGUGAAUAAACUCAAAAGUAUGACAUUUAUUCUUUAACGUUAGCUUUAUUCCUUUUCUUAAGGUUUUCUUAAUGACAUUAAUAAUGGUAAAUUAUAAAAUUAUUCCGUGGAAAGGGACUUGGAUUUUGUUGUUCUUUUAUGUUUUCCCAAUGUAGUGCUCAGCUGAAAUGUUUCCAUUUUCAGGUCAGUAAAAUAUUCUAGAUGAAAUUCUAGAAUAUAGGAGAUAUGACUACCUGUAGCUCCAGCAACAAACGAGACAGAACGACGAAUGGGGGUAAACACAUUUAGUGUAGAAUUGGUCAGGCAUUUUUCAAAAUAGAAAUUGAAAUCAUUAAGAGCACAUGACAGUGAGGUCGUGCAGAUUAAAAAUUACAGAAUAAAAAGAAACAUAGAUUAUUUUUGACCCAUACAUGAUACUCUCUUUCAAUGGUCACUUUACAUGUUGGCACUUCAGCCACAUUUGUCUAGACUGAUGGAAAAUAAUCAAGUGAAUUUAGCUGUAAUCCAGUCGCAUGUUACACUGGCUCUGAUUAGGUCCAGCAGAGCAACAAGUAGUCCAGACAUGUCUUAGUUUCACAGGGACUAGUUGUGUAAUUAUUUAAACAAACAUAAAAGAAGAAAUUUAGCUAAGCUGUAAACACUACAAAAAAAACACCUCAUUACAUAGAAACAGAGCACUUUACAAUAGCUUCCGCCGUCAUGAUGGAAGUUCAAACAGAAGUAAUCGUAACCUAUGAACAAUGUUAGUUAUUACUUUGGCUAACAUUCUGUCAUUUUUACAGCUGUGCAGUUUUCUCUACAUGCUGCAUCCUGUACCCUGGUUGGUUUUUGCGUUUAUGUGUUGCAUUCUUUUCAAUCCAACCCUCCUUGUGCAGUCUGCUUCUCGAGUCGACACUGAUCUGCGUUCUCACAGAUUGUUGGUUGUGUUUCUACCCUGAGAUAGUUUUCAUUAGACUCACCUGUUUAUUUUCACUUGUGUGUGAAGUGUUCUUCCAGCGAUUUUAAUGAUGUGGUCCCCCCCCGACCCCCCUUCAAAUGUCCAUCCUGUCCACUAAUUUUCCGCCAUUACAUAAUGAGUUCACAGACAACACAUUCAGCGCUGUACAUAUCCUCACACCUGCUCUGAAUGGUCCUUUAGCUAAAGGUUAGCCCAGCUAUCUUAACUUUGAAAGAACUCUAAAUAAAUCAAAGUUUUUUUUGGUGAGAAUUCAUGAAAUGUUAUGGAAAUGCAGUGUGUAAAUUUUGUACAUUGAGAAAUAUAUUGCUCUUAGACUA